AUGCGUAGACUUUUUGUGCUGUUUCUUUUUUCAGAUCCACCAAAUCCAACUUCCCCCAAAAAGCAAGUAACACGCACAAACAUGUAAUAACAAAACAAACUCAAAGGUUCAUCACUUUCAUAAUCUUCUUACACAAACAAAACAAAACAAAAAUAGAUAGAUUAUAGUACAACAUUGUUUCUCUCUAUUUUUGGACCAACCAACAAUCACAAACUUCUUUUUCUUUUUGUUUUUGGUAAAAAAAAAGUCAAACCAAGUUUGUAUGUUCAUCGUUGGAAAUGGACCAACCACCGUGGAAGGAAGAAGAAGCGGCGGUUGGCGGUGGUGAUGGGGGACCACCACAGCGGCCCACCUUAACUCUGCCGCCACGUACGGAUGUACUUUUCAGCGGUGGUUUUAGCCCUGGUCCUAUGACUCUUCUCUCUAACUUAUUUGCUGAUAGUGAUGACGGCAAGUCUUUCUCUCAGCUUCUCGCCGGUUCCAUGGUGUCUCCGGCACCGCUAACCGCCGGGGGGCUUGAUUCAUCUGGCUUCUUUUCACAUCCUCAGGUAUCCUUUGGAAUGACACAGCAGCAACCACUGGCACAGGUCUCGGCUCACGAAGGACCGUCCAACACUAAUAUGCAUAACCAAGCCGAACAUUUAUCAUAUGUACCAACUUCCACCGAUCAUGCUCCUCUCUCCGAACAAAGGCUGCAGCCUUCUUCGUUGAAUGUCGAUAAGCCUGCUGAUGAUGGCUACAACUGGAGGAAAUACGGACAGAAACAGGUGAAAGGUAGCGAGUUUCCUCGAAGUUAUUACAAGUGCACGCAUCCUAACUGUCCUGUCAAGAAAAAGGUUGAGCGUUCGCUUGCUGGUCAUAUAACCGCAAUUAUUUAUAAAGGAGAGCACAAUCAUCUACUUCCGAAUCCUAAUAAGCGAUCAAAAGACACUAUUACUUCAAAUGAAAAUUCAAAUAUGCAAGGGAGUGCCGAUUCAACUUAUCAACGGAUGACUUCAAACUCAAUGUCUAAGAUGGAACCUGAAUCUAGUCAGGCAACAGUUGAACAUCUAUCUGGAACUAGUGAUAGUGAGGAUGUAGGUGAUCGUGAAACAGAAGUGCAUGAGAAAAGAAUUGAGCCCGACUCCAAAAGGAGAAAUACAGAAGUCACAGUCUCAAAUCCAACAACUUCUUCACAUAGGACUGUCACAGAGCCUAAAAUCAUCGUGCAAACUACCAGUGAAGUUGAUCUCUUAGAUGAUGGUUAUAGAUGGCGAAAAUAUGGACAGAAAGUUGUCAAAGGAAACCCUUAUCCUAGGAGCUAUUACAAAUGUACAACACCAGGUUGUAACGUUCGAAAGCAUGUAGAGAGGGCUUCCACGGAUCCUAAAGCAGUCAUAACAACAUAUGAAGGAAAACAUAAUCAUGAUGUUCCAGCAGCUAAGACUAAUAGCCACACUAUUGCCAACAAUAAUGCUUCACAGUUAAAAUCGCAAAAUACCAUUUCUGAGAAGACUAGUUUUGGUAGCAUCGGUAUUGGCGAGGGCAAUGAGCAACAACCUGUUGCUCGUCUAAGGCUGAAGGAAGAGCAGAUAACUUAAGCUCAUAAAUUAAGGCUCUGGUAAUCCGAUAACUAUAUCGCAAAUGACCUUUUUUUAAUAAUUCGAUUCUUUUUCAGUUUUAGGCCAAGGUUUUGAUCAAGUCUUGAUGAAAGAGUUAAAGGAUAACAAGUUUAAACAAAAAAAAAGGUGGUGGAGAUAACAGGGGUUUUGGAUGAUGAUUUUGUGCCUUUUGUGUACAUUGAAAGUAUAAGUUAUGUUUCUGUUUAUAACCUAAAGUAUACUUUUUUGUUUUUUACAAUAACCUAAAUUAUACGUUAUGUUGUGAAACAAAGUUGAUCAUAAAUUCAUCAUGUACUUUCUUGUUGCAUUA